AUGGAAAAUAGCUCCAUUUUUAAUUUGAAAUUAAAGAAAUAUCCCUGUGAGAAUAAGUGUAGAGAGGAAGCUAUCUACUAUUGCUCUAAGAAAUGCAAUGGACAGCAUUAUUACUGUCAAAAUUGCGCUAAAGAAGUACACCAUGAUCAUACACCUUAUGAAAGAGAAAGAGUUUGUGACCAAUUAAUUUAGAAGGAGAAGGCUGAGCUUUAGGGAAGAAUUGAUGAGCUUGAAUCUUGUCUAUUAAUGUAGAAACCUGAGGUAAUAGUGCUAAGCAACUUCUUUGGAAAAGUUAAAUUAAAAAUAGAUGGGUAGCAGUCGCAAAUAAUUCAAAGAUCAGGCUAAAAUAAUAUUGAUCAAUAAAUGAGUCUGAGCGAACAAGGAAGAUAAAUUGUAAAAUUGAAGCAAAAAAUAGAUCUCUACUUCAUCUAAUUAAGCUACUACCAGGAAGAGUUAGGUGUAGUAGAAAUAAAUUAUCUCAUUUAUUCAUUGGGUCAAAAAAUCAGAGAUCGCUUGGUGAGACUAAGAGAAUAUAAAGUAUGGACCUAUGAAGACAUUUAUCGAGCAUUCUCAGAUAUCAUAAUGCUUGAUUUUGAAGAUUCAGAUUUGAUUUAGGAGCAGAGUCAAUUCGAUUAAAAAACAUGGAAUAUAUACUACUCAUUCAAAUUUAAAGCACAAAAUAGAAAAUUUGAAGAUUAAGAGCGAACAAUUUUAUAGCAACAAAAAAGGAUUCAAAAUUUAGAAAAUGAAAAUAGAAAGCUUGAGUACUUAGAAAAUAAAAGUUAACUUUUAGAGGACACAUUGUAGGAACUUAAACAGGUUAUUUUGGAUUAAUAUAGAGCUAAUUCGUGA